UUCCUCGAGCGCCAGUGGAACUACGGCCGUCGCGGUCCCCGCUCAUGCCUCUGUGCUCCGCCAGUGCUCCCCGCUCCCAGCGACGACGUGGAACAGCCACAUCCCCCCUGUAAAAUGAGGGGAGCGGGAUCUCCGCGCGGGCGGCGGGAACCGCUGUUACGCCUGUCGGAGUUGGGCAUGGAGGGAGGUGAAACAGCCACCUGAACGCGGAGAAACACCCGAACCGACAACAAGUAGUCUCGCCUGGCAGGACGGCACGGAGAGCGGCUAGUGCUGGAGCCCGCCCGGGAACAGAAGCCGCUGUCGCUCCUCCGGCAAAGGCAGAAGCUCGUUCCCCACGGACCUGCCGGCGACCGGCUGCCCAGCGACCGGCGCGCCCCCCUCCCAAUCCCUGCUGCCGCCUCCCGCACUCUCCCCAGUCAUGUCCCACCCGGAGCGAUGGGGAAGCUCGAGGACAACGAGAGGGUGAUCCUCAACGUGGGGGGCACGCGGCACGAGACCUACCGCAGCACCCUGAAGACCCUGCCGGGGACCCGCCUGGCUCUGCUCGCCUGCGAGUCCCAGAGCGAGUCCCCGGGCGGCGAGGAGCCGCCGGCGCCCCCCAAUCCGCAGCCGCCUCCGGCGGGCGGCUGCCCGGAACCUGGCAGCGGCUGCAGCCCCCGUGGCAGCGGCGGCGCCAGCGAGUUUUUCUUUGACCGGCAUCCGGGGGUCUUCGCCUAUGUACUCAACUACUACCGCACCGGCAAGCUGCACUGCCCCGCCGACGUCUGCGGGCCGCUCUUCGAGGAGGAGCUGGCCUUUUGGGGCAUCGACGAGACCGACGUGGAGCCGUGCUGCUGGAUGACCUACCGCCAGCACCGCGACGCAGAGGAGGCCCUCGACAUCUUCGAGGCACCCGACCUGCUGACGGGCGAGCCGCCCCCCGACGGCGACGACGAUGACUUGGCCGCCAAGAGACUGGGCAUCGAGGACGUGGGGGCGGCCGCCGAGGGCAAGGGUGGGCGCUGGCGGCGGCUGCAGCCCCGUGUCUGGGCGCUCUUCGAGGACCCUUACUCCUCCCGUGCCGCCAGGUUCAUCGCUUUUGCUUCUUUAUUCUUCAUCUUAGUUUCAAUCACAACCUUCUGCCUGGAAACACAUGAGGCUUUCAACACUAUUAUAAACAAAACUGAGCAGGUCAUCAACGGGACAGAAGCUGUGUUACAGUAUGAGAUUGAGACAGAUCCUGCACUGACAUACGUGGAAGGAGUCUGCGUGGUGUGGUUUACAUUUGAAUUUUUAGUACGUGUUAUUUUUUCUCCCAACAAACUUGAAUUCAUCAAAAACCUCUUGAAUAUCAUUGACUUUGUGGCCAUCCUGCCCUUUUACCUAGAAGUGGGCCUGAGUGGGCUCUCCUCCAAAGCUGCUAAGGACGUACUUGGUUUCCUCAGGGUGGUAAGGUUCGUCAGGAUCCUCCGGAUUUUCAAGCUCACCCGGCACUUCGUGGGCCUCAGAGUGCUAGGCCACACUCUGCGAGCCAGCACCAAUGAAUUUCUACUGCUGAUAAUAUUCUUGGCACUUGGUGUUUUGAUAUUUGCCACUAUGAUCUACUACGCAGAGCGGGUGGGAGCCCAGCCUAAUGACCCGUCAGCGAGUGAACACACACAGUUCAAAAACAUCCCUAUCGGCUUCUGGUGGGCUGUAGUCACGAUGACCACCCUGGGAUAUGGGGAUAUGUAUCCACGGACUUGGUCAGGCAUGCUGGUGGGAGCCCUGUGUGCACUGGCAGGAGUGCUCACCAUAGCCAUGCCUGUGCCUGUGAUAGUUAACAAUUUUGGGAUGUACUACUCCCUGGCCAUGGCAAAGCAGAAAUUGCCAAGGAAGCGAAAGAAGCACAUCCCUCCUGCUCCUCAAGCCAGCUCACCCACCUUCUGCAAGACAGACUUGAACAUGGCCUGCAAUAGCACACAGGGUGACAUCUGCCUGGGCAAGGACAACCAGCUGAUGGAACACAACAGAUCAUCAGUGUUAUCAGGUGAAGACAGUGCAGGAAGUGAGCAGCCACUCUCACCUGGUGAAAGGCUCCCUCCCAUCAGACGUUCUAGUACAAGAGACAAAAACAGAAGAGGGGGAACAUGUUUCCUACUGACAACAGGUGAUUACACGUGUGCUACUGAUGGAGGGAUCAGGAAAGUGUUGUACAGAAUUUAUCAUGGAUUUUUGACUGCUGAAAAAGGGACAAUGGAAUUUAGCCAUACCAAGGACUGUACUGGAAAGAGACUGCUGCUGCUGAAUGGACCCUGAUAAACGACUCACAUCUUGAGGAGGUCACUGAGACUUUGCGUGUGAAGCAGAGCUUGUUAAAGAAGAUGAGAGACUGCUCAUAAUUACUGCUGCCAGAGGAAGGGGUGACUAGUCACUAUUGAUGAGUCAGUGUAAAUAAAAUGUGUGUGCAUGGAAAAUCAGUUUUUAUCUAUAUCAAGGAAAGCUGAAUUCAUGUCAUCAUUGCUAAGGCUCCAUGCAAAGACCCCCACCCCUGUGUUUAUUAUUCCUGGCUCCUGCAGUAAGCUGUGCUGUGGAUCAUACAAAGACACAUGUUUAAUAACGAUAGUGAUGUAAACUACAUCUGUCUUGACUUCUGUCAUACUAAUGGCACAUAUUGCAAAACUCACAAAUUUGAACAGAAUAGGUUUGCAUAAGUCCUUGCUUUCUCAGUUUGCCAUGACCUAAAUUGUUAUGAAUUGUAGUGUACCUGCCAAGUCCUAAGUUUACUUUUCACUUUGAUAACAAAAAUGUGACUGCAGACAAACAUCACUGACUUUGUUCACAGCACACAGUCUUCUUUCAUUGUUACCUCAAACUAUAAGUAUUAUCAGAAAUAAAAUUCUGGCAGCAAGAAUAUUUUGUGGUUUUUUUUUUUUUAAUACAAAGUGUUGCAAACCAAACAUCAAUAAGUAUAAAAAUUGUAUUAAAAUUAUAUUCUACAAAUGUAUAUUUUACAGAAAAUAUAUAUUCUUUGAUAAGUUAUUUUCUGUGAUUUUUGUGGUAAAUAUAUCUAGUCUAUUCUAUGUUUAUGAGACACUGUAGUGCUACGAUGUGGUAAUUAUGUUCUCUCCAUCCUAUUCAGUGGGAAAUUCACCAGAAUCUGUUUUGUCACCCUGGUGUCCCGAUUGUAGGGACCUGUCCCAGUUGUGAAACUCUGUAUCGUGGAACUUCUGUGAACGUGUCAAGGUGCAUGCACAAUCCUGGUGGAAACCAGUGGAAAUGUAAUACGUGAAUUGGAGAAUAAAAGGCAAAAGACCUGGGGAGCAACUUGGAACAUA